AUGGCUUCAAGGGAAUCUCCUGGUUCUCCCCUUUCAUCGGUCGGGUCCCUCGAGACCUCGGACCAUGAAUCCAUGAAACAAGACAGUCGCGCGCAUUCGCCCUCGAUGUCAAAUGUCCCCCCCUCGAAACGACGUCGCACCGGCAUUGCAUCAUGGGAUCGCCAAACUCCUCUCUCCACGGCUCAGGAUGACAACCAACCACCUCCCUCUCCGACAGACUCGAUCUCCUCUGACAGCUCCGGCGAUAUCCCUAACUCCCCUAGCAUACUCGGCAUCUUGGGUACCAACCAGGAAGAUGACUAUAGCGGUCAGAGUACUGACCAAGUCACGAUCUGUCGAUGGGAUGGAUGUACCGCUGGUGACCUCGGGAACAUGGAUGGGUUGGUGCAGCACCUUCACAAUGAGCAUAUCGGCAGCCGACAGAAACGGUACUCGUGCGAGUGGACCGACUGCACUCGUAAAGGUCAAACACAUGCCAGUGCUUACGCUCUGCGCGCACAUAUGAGAAGUCAUACCCGUGAAAAGCCCUUCUACUGCACGUUACCUGAAUGUGACCGCAACUUCACUCGAUCGGACGCUUUGACCAAACACAUGCGCUCCGUGCAUGAGACAGACACGAUGCGCCCCAUCGACUCGCUCUCCAAGGCUCACGCAGCCCCUGGCAGCACGGCCGGCACCCCGGCUUCCAAAGUCCAGCGCAUUCGUCUGAAGCUCACUCAACCCAAAGAACCAGGCACCGAGUCCGAGCCACUCGCUGAAACUACUGUCCCACCUAACAACCCCAUUAUCAGUACGAAUGAAGUACCUGAUCUCGACGAAACCACAAUGCCGGAGUUUGGGCCCGAACUGAACUUCGACCAGCACGAGCUGUCCUUGCCUCCGCGCGACCUGUACCGUCUGCUCCGUCGCCAGAUCGCCUGGGCCGGGAAGGAGACUGCGCAGCUGCAAGCCCAGUGGGAAGAGAUUCGGCCGAGGCGUGAGCAGGCAUGGCGCGAGAAAGAAGUCAUCUUCGAUGAUCUCAUUGAUGCCGAGCUAGGUCUUUUCAGUGCAAUUAUGGGCUCUGUGCCUCCAGCAAAUCUCACCACUAGUCUGGAGAAGCUGCAGCAACAGCAGCAGCAGUUCCAGAUCCAGCAGGAGCAGUUACAGGAGAAGUCCAUUGAGAUGCCUCUUCCGCAUCCGCAUCCGCAUCCCCAUGUUGAGGGUAGUGCUUAG